UAAAAAGCACACACUUGACAUAUGCAUAUUUGUUACACAUUUAUAUACACGGAAAAACAUAAGAUUUGAUGUUGAAGCCAUGGCAUUAGAAAAUUACACAGACAAAAAUGCCGUUUUUCGCAAACUCAAAGCCAAGUCUGAAAAUAAGAUCUGUUUUGAUUGUAACGCAAAGAAUCCGACUUGGGCAUCGGUGACAUAUGGGAUUUUCUUGUGUAUUGAUUGCUCGGCAGUUCAUCGAAACCUUGGUGUUCAUGUUAGCUUUGUUAGGUCCACAAAUUUGGAUGCAUGGACACCGGAGCAGUUGAAAAUGAUGUCAUAUGGCGGAAACAAUCGUGCUCAAGUGUUCUUCAAGCAGCACGGAUGGACCGACGGAGGCAAGAUUGAGGCCAAAUACACCUCAAGAGCUGCCGAGUUGUAUAAGCAAUUACUCUCAAAAGAAGUUGCAAGAAGCAACGUAGAAGAGACGGCACCACCUACUGCUUCUCAAUCAUUAGUACGAUCCAAUACCUUUCCUAACAUUAACACCGAGCAAGACCCCAAAGUAGGUUCUUCAAACGACACCCCUAACGAAAGCGUGUCGUUGAAAAUCGAAACUCUCGAGCUUCCAACUUCACCAAGAACCUCUAAGAAUGUCUCCACGACAGUCGGAAAGAAGUCUCUGUGUACAAAGAAAACUAGCAAGUCGGGAAAGGGACUAGGCGCUCGAAGGCUUGUCACAAAGCAUAAUGAAAGUCUUUAUGACCAAAAGCCUGAAGAAACACCUGUCGAAGUUUCAUCAACAAACAUUUCAAAUAGCAGCACCCCUCUGGCUGCAGGUUCAUUAUCUAUAUCUCGAUUCGAGUAUGCAGAUAAUGCGCAGCCUACCGACGUGAAUUCAAGAGGAGCUUAUGCUAUUAGCCAUGUCUCGCCACCGAAAGCGUCCAACUUUUUUGCUGACUAUGGAAUGGAUGGUGGCUUCCCCAAGAAGAAUAGCUCAAACUUAUCAAAAGUCCAGGAAAUGGAGACUGACGAAGCUAGGAAGAAGUUCUGCAAUGCAAAAUCUAUAUCAUCAGCCCAAUUCUUUGGUGGUGGUGAAAAUAAUAAUGCUAAUGAUUUGGAAGCAUCCGUUUCCCUGCAAAAGUUCUCAGAUUCAUUGGCAAUCUCUAGUGCCGAACUCUUUGGUCAUGACUCGAGUUCUAAUGACCUUACUGCAAGUGAUAUUAUUAAUCGGUUGUCUUUCCAGGCACAACAAGAUAUUUCGUCUCUCAAGAACAUCGCUGGUGAAACUGGGAAGAAGAUAGGUUCGUUGGCAUCAACAAUAUUAACAGAUCUUCAGGAUAGAAUGCUUUGAUAAAUGCCACUAUAUCCUAAGGAAGACAACUAUGUUGCGUAUUUCGCAACUACUAAAUGUAGUUUGUGUAAGAAGAGUUUCUAUAAAGCGUUUCAAAAUGAAAUAAGAUAUGGAAAUCCUAGGUCUAAGUUAUGCCUGUUGAUGCGGUUUGCGAUUCCAUUGGUAUCCCGUUGCACGAAGUAAUAUUGUCUGCUCUGGGCUUCGUGUGAGCUUCACGGUUUUAUCCUGAAAUGGCGCCUCACUAGGGAGAGGUUGUCUUGGGACUUAUAAGCCAUUCAAACUCCUCAUUUACAACCAUUGUGGGACGUUUGCCUGCAUCAUUACUUGUAUUGUUUUUCUUGCUUGCUGCUGAAAUUAUUCAUCAGUAGUUAGGCGUUUAGCGAUAAUUUUAAUACAAAGUUUUUCCCGCUUCGUUAUAGGUGUAAAUUUGUUGUUGAUAAAAGCAAUAGGCUUUUGUUGUCUUGAUAUUUCAGAUCAUUUUAUUUGAUAACAAUGAAGUUUUUAUUUUUU